CCCGAUUCGGCCAACCACAAACCUCUUUUACAACACAUUGGAGCUCAGCUUUUAGCUCAGCAUAGUGCUAUCGUAUACACAUCAAUCCCAUCAUUUAAUAAUAUAUAAACACAACGCACCGUCCGCGUUCCACAGAUACAAAGCCCAGCAUGGCAGACAACGCCGAAUCGGCCUGUCCCGUCGACCACAAAACCCGCGAUGCCUGGCUCGAAGCCGCCCGCGCCGCCGAAGCCUCCAAGCAGAGCCAAAGCCAGCCGGCAACGUGCCCCGUCGACCACUCCUCCAGCGCAGCUCCCCCAUCGUCCUGGACCCAGAAACUCUCCUCCCUCAUCUGGUCACCCUCCGCCGAGACGCCAAAGCUCCCCGCCAACCACCCCACGAUAUCUUCAAAUCCCGGCCUCGACAGCGCGCGAGUCACUUCUUCCAUCCCUCGAUCCUUUUCAGGAAAUGCAGACGAAUGUCCCGUCGACCAUGGCGCCUCUGCGAACCCUUCCAAUGCGGAGAUUGAGUCUGGCGUAGACGCUUCCGGGAACUGGGUCUACCCCUCCGAGAAGAUGUUCUUCGACGCCAUGAAGCGCAAGGGCUACGACGCUCGCGAGGUGGACAUGAAGACGGUGGUGCCGAUCCACAAUGCUGUCAACGAGCGAGCGUGGGAGAAGAUUAAGGAGUGGGAAGCUCCCUAUCUGAUUGAAUCAAAAUGUGGCGGCCCCAAACUCACCUCCUUUGCCAACAAAAGCGAGCGCAUGACCCCAACCGCCCGCAUCAACACCAUCCUAGGCUAUACCGCGCCUUUUGAUCGCCACGACUGGGUCAUCGACCGCUGCGGCACUCGCGUCGACUACGUGAUCGACUUCUACGCCGGCCGACCGGGCGGCACUGCUGGCGGGCCGAGUUUCUAUCUCGAUGUGCGGCCAAAGCUGAAUACGUGGGAGGGCGUGAAGAUGCGGGCUCUGAGGUGGACAGGGCUUGCGUGAGGGAGAGCAAGAUGUUAUAAAAGUGAGGUAAUAUCUUCUCCUUUGGAAUGAUUCAUGUUUGGGAUGUAUAAAUGGGCGUUUUCUUGGGACUGGAUAAAAAAAAAAAAGCAUGCUGCAUUAGAUAGAUAUAAAUGGAGCUGACAAGGCUCCUUGUACAAUACAAUCUCCCUGUACGAUUUAC